AUGGCUGAAGACCGGAUUCGCAAUCAACACAUUAGUGGGGUCUCCACUCAGAACGGCUCGCAAGCUUUCGUAGGUUCGGCGCAAAAUGUGUAUUUUGCUGACCACAAAUCUUCCCAAGAAUUGUUGGAGAAAGCUGCUGUUCAGUGUCGCGACGCUCUCUUUGUAACUGAUCCCUAUGUCGACCGCGAGAGUUUGAUCACUGCCAAAGGUGCUAGAGUCCCAGGCACAUGCGAGUGGAUUAGAAAUGAUGUGAACUACCGUGUCUGGCUGAACGGCGGUGGUCCGGGUGGUUGCGAUAGCACCAGCGAGAGACGCCUGUUGUGGAUCUCAGGUGGGCCCGGCAAGGGCAAGACUAUGCUCUCUAUCUUCCUUACUGAGGAGCUGAAGAAGCAUGCAGCACAACAAGAAAACACUGAUCUCAUAUUCUUUUUCUGCAGUGCGCAGAACGAAAAACAUAGCACAGCUUUGGCUGUCCUACGUGGGUUACUGCAUCAAAUUCUUACCAAACGCCCGCAGUUAUCUAAGCAUGCGCUGCGCCAUUUUGAGCCGCCCGAACGGAAACAGCAAACCUUAGCAUCUCUGGAAGCACUAUGGAUCAUCUUUGUCGAAGUAAUCACAGAUGUUGAGUUUGGAACGAUGUUCUGCGUACUCGACGGGUUCGAUGAGUGCGAGGAGAGCACACGGAAAGUACUACUAUCGCGACUUGUUACCCUGCUGAAUGGACAUAACUACUCGAACCAAAACGCAUUCAAACUCGCGAUCAUCAGUCGGGAUAUGCAUGGUCUCAAAGGCUGCCUGAGGGUGAGGCUAGACCCCGACAACGACGAAAGAGUGAGCAGCGAUAUCGAACUGUUUAUAUCUGCACGGAUGAAUGAUCUUUCAGAGAUUGAAGGCUUCAACGAAAAAAUGCAUGAAGAUGUGCAGAAAGAGCUAUUAGAUCGCGCCGAGGGUACCUUUCUCUGGGUAGGCUUCGCGAUACACGAAUUGUCGCAAAAACGUACCUGCAGUGAGGUCUUAAGGGCACUUCGAGGCCUCCCGAGGGGCUUACCUGCAAUCUACGGUCAUAUGCUGCUUCGGAUACCAGAGGAACAAAGAGAAAUAAGUCGUAAGAUCUUACGUUGGGUAACCCUGGCUAUACACCCUCUAUCGCUGCAGGAGCUGGCUGCUGCGGUAGGCAUCCAAUCCUCAUUCCCAACUCAAAUCACUGAAGAGCAGGCGACCCGUGAUGCUAUAUUCUACUGCAAACCAUUGCUACAGGAACAAAAAGCAAGGAACUUGGAUGACGAUCGUCCUAAGCCCCAGGACUAUCAUGUGCAACCCGACAUACGACGAAGAAAUUCAUUCCAGGGUCAAGAACAAAAAGAGAUCAGUUUUGUUCACCAGUCAGCACGAGACUAUAUGUUGCGAAAAGAGAAAGAUGACAACAAAAUUCUAGAGGAGUUUCGCAUUGAGUCGAAGAGCGCAAAUUUGGAACUAACGAAGACCUGUCUCGAGUGUAUUAUUCAGAGACACUUACAGAAGAGGUCUUCUGAUCUACUUACUGGUUUUCGGUUGCGAGAUUCCCAUCUGUGGCGCUAUGCAGUGCUUCACUGGCCUGAUCAUGCAAAGAGUUGUUCAGCACAAGAUGUCGCACUACUCGAUACUCUCCAGAAAUUUCUCUAUGGCUAUCCAUCCAUCCGGGAUCAUUGGUGGAUGGAAUAUAAUGAUACCAAGAUGCUCCUUCUGGCAGAAAGGAUGCCACUAUUGCAUAUGACUUGUUAUCUGGGGAUUGUGCCACUAGUAGAAGCGGAACUAGGACAGAAAGAUGGGCACUCAGGACUCUUGGAGCCAAAGACCACUAGGGGAGAAAUGCCAAUGCACUACGCAGCUCUCGCAGGGAGAGAGGAAAUAUUACAGCUGCUGUUAGAUGCAGGGGCGGAUAUAGCAGCAACAACCGUUUGGGGAGAGAAGCCACUGCACUAUGCAGCUGUGGGAGGAAACAAGGAAAUAUUGCGGUUGCUGUUAGAUGCAGGGGCAGAAAUAGACGCAAAGAAUUGCAAUGGAGGUACAGUGCUGCGCAUUGCAACUUCAGCAAGCGACCACGACUUGAUUGAGCUACUAUUGGACAAAGGGGCAGAUGCAAAGGCGAUAGGUGCGGGUGGCUGGAUGACAUUGUACAUUCCAGUUGAUGGAUACGCAGGAUGA